AUGAAUUUUCUAACAUCUGGAAUAAUUUUAUACUCAUUCUACCAAUGCAUUUGCAUGGAUCCUGAUGAUGAUUAUGAAUCUAGAGUUAUCAACGAGGAAGAACAUUCAGAACCACCUCCACCGUACGAACCAACUCCACAAGGUUUUGAUCCCCCGCCAUAUGAGGAUAGCUUUCAAUUUUUUCACCCAAAUACACCAAACCCACAACAUCAUGAUCCACCUCCGCCUUAUACACCUGGACCACAGAGUUACUCUUUACUACCAACAUAUGAAGAAUCACAAGAAUCCAGUCCUCCUUCUUAUUUCUCAAACAUACCAGGAUCUUCUGGAUAUUCAGGUUAUGCGUCUGGUGGCACAUCAGAUCAUUACAGUCCAUCGUCAUAUGGAGAAAGUGAGACAGGUUAUUCUCAAGGAGCUUCUGGGUAUACACCUUCCCAACCAACUACUGUGCAGCACCUAUCAGAUCAAUUCAGAUCAGUUGAUGGAACACAAUUGGUAGACCUAGAAACAAAAAGUAAAUGUUCUUCAUCCGACACACUUUUUUCAUCAUACCUAGUAGAAGUACAUGGAAUGAUUCAUAAAUACACUCCCAAACAAGGUUUCGGAUACAAAAAAAUAACACAUAACGGUGAUAUAGUCUGGGAAACAAAAGAUGAUAUAUAUGCGACCAAAGUAUUAGUGGUUGGUGUUGGGUUUUCUGGUAAGAAAAUAACUAUAGAAUUUAUUAAUGGCACUAGCAUUACUCUUAAGAGGAAAGGUUCUGAUAAACAAUGGAAGCCAACAAGAAGUUAA